GAACAGCAAAAGGAUGUGGUGGACCAAUGCCUUUAGGCGAUGAUUCUGAUGUAAGGGUAUUUGCGAUAGAUUUAUUCUAUAAACUAAGCUCAUCCGAAGCAGUCCCUUCAAAUUUGCUAGCUGAAAAUUAAGAAGAGAAAUGAAUGCCAGCAACUUCAGCAAGGAAUGCGACUUUGAGCAUGCUGAUAACAUAAUGAAAUAUUUCCAGAUGGUGAUCUGCAUACCUAUUUUCAUUCUUGGUUUGAUUCUCAAUUUGCUAGCCCUAUGGGUUUUUUGCUGCCUUUGGAAGAAAUGGACAGAAUCAUCAAUCUACAUGAUAAACCUUGCUCUUAUGGAUCUUCUUCUUCUAUUCUCUCUUCCUUUCAAGAUGUACUACUCCAUACAAAAGAGGCAGUGGUUCUUGUGCGCAUUUAUGGAAUCACUCUAUUUUGUCAAUAUGUAUGGAAGUAUUUUCCUCAUUGCCUGCAUUAGCUUGGACAGAUAUAUUGCUAUCAGGCACCCUUUCAAAGCUAGGAUUUUCCGAUCCCCUAGGAGGGCAGGCAUGACAUGCUGCUGCAUUUGGGUUAUAGUUUGGCUUGGCAGCAUCCCCAUGUAUAACUUAAAAAACAAUGACAAUUUGAGAUGCUUCCACAAUAUGUCAGAUCAGACAUGGAGCACGCCAGUCAUCCUUUCUGUUGAAAUCUUUGGAUUUCUCAUCCCAUUUACUGCGAUGGUUUAUUGUUCUGUUAAGAUCAUCCAGAUUCUUCUAAAAAAUAAAAACCAACAAAAAAAGAGGGCUGAGCAAGUUACCAGUGUAUGGAUCAUUGCAGCCAAUCUCAUAGUGUUCAUGGUUUGCUUCACACCAGUCCAUCUGGGGAUCUUUCUACAGUUCCUGGUAAGGCGGCACAUCAUUGUGGACUGCAGUGUGAAACAAAGCAUUAGCCUCUUCAUUCAGGUGGCAAUGUGUUUAGCUAAUGUCAACUGCUGUCUGGAUGCCAUCUGUUACUACUUUACUGCAAAAGAAUUUCGCAAGAAAACUUUCUUCAGGGACUUAGCAAAACCAAUUUCUGUCUCUCAGGUCAGUACUGGAUGA